CGUUCCAAAAUCCAAACACGGCCUUAACCGGAAAUUCACCUAACACUUGCCCCUUCACGCUCUGUUGAGUUUCUUCUCCAUUUCUACUUUUCCCUGCUCUUGUGCUCUCUGCAUACAUCCGCAUAUAUCUUCUGUCUAUGUGUGAGCUGCUUCUCUCUUCGCUGCCAUUCGCAGUGAUCUCAAAGCCGCGUAAAUCUAGAUCUCACUUUUGAAGCUUAGUAUCGAUGGAGGCGGCGCGGCGUCUGCUGGUUGGUGUGACAAUGACGAUUGUUCUUCUGCUGGUGGUGGAGUGCGCCGUGAGCUUGACGCUGUCUUCGAGGCUAAUUCACAGGUUGUCCGAGGAACUGAAGAGCGCUAGGGUUUCGAGAAGCGGCGGAGAGGCGUCCCCUGCUUGGCCGGAGCGGCGGAGCUUGGAGUACUACCGGAUGCUUGUGAGCAGUGAUGUUCGGAGGCAGAAGAUGAGGCUCGGUUCUCGCUAUCAACUUCUGUUCCCUUCCGAAGGCAGCCAAGCAAUGUCGUUCGGGGACGACUUAGCAUGGUUGCAUUACACUUGGAUUGAUAUAGGGACACCCAAUGUGUCUUUUCUGGUUGCUUUGGAUUCUGGGAGUGACCUACUUUGGGUUCCGUGCAACUGUAUUCAAUGUGCUCCCCUAUCUUCUAGCUAUUACGACAGUUUGGAUAGGGAUCUAAAUGAAUAUAGCCCAUCUGGGUCAAUCACGAGCAAGCACUUACCUUGCAGUCAUCACUUAUGUAUACUGGGUCCGAAUUGCAAGAGUCCUAAGCAGCCAUGCCCUUACACAGCUGAAUAUGAAUCAACAGAUACCUUCAGUUCAGGAUUUCUGGUUGAGGAUACAAUGCAUUUUGCUGCAAGAAGUGAUAAUGCAACCAAUAUUUCUGCAGAGGCUCCAGUCAUUAUUGGAUGUGGGAGGAAGCAAAGCGGUGGUUACUUGGAUGGAGCUGCUCCUGAUGGUGUUAUGGGUCUGGGACUGGGUGAGAUUUCUGUGCCAAGUUUACUUGCAAAAGCAGGAUUGUUGCGGAAUUCUUUCUCUUUGUGCUUUAAUGAGGAUGCUUCUGGGCGAGUAUUUUUUGGGGACCAAGGGCCAUCUGCUCAACAGUCUACUCCAUUCCUGCCGCUUGAGGGGAAGCUUGUUGUACCAUAUACUGUUGGUGUUGAGGCAUGUUGUAUUGGAGGUUCUUGUCUCGACAAAACAAACUUCAAAGCACUGGUAGAUAGUGGGACAUCAUUUACGUUCCUCCCCAAGAAAGCAUAUGAAAUGGUUGUUCAGGAGUUUGACAGACAAGUAAAUGCUACAAGUGUUGAAGGAUCCGAUUUGAAAUAUUGUUACAAAUCCAGAUCCCAGGAUAUGCCUAAGAUACCCUCUCUGACACUUAAAUUUGCAUCAAACAACAGCUUCCUGGUCCACGAUCCUACCUUACGUUAUAAUGACAGUGAGGAAGUAUUUUGUUUAGCCAUACAGCCUACAGAUGGGGAUCUUGCAAUAAUUGGGCAGAACUACAUGACUGGUUAUCGGUUGGUGUUUGAUAGGGAAAAUUUGAAGUUGUGCUGGUCACCAUCCAAUUGUCAAGAUCUCAGUGAUGCAAAGACGAUGCCACUUACACCUCCAAGUGGUAGCCUGCCUAACCCGUUGCCAACAACUGAGCAGCAAAGUUCGCCUAAUGGCCACGGAGUUGCCCCCGCCGUUGCUCAAAGGACUCCCUCAAAACCCUCAGCUGCCUCACCACAGCAACUCUCAUCCCACAUACAUUUGGUGAACUUCUUGCUACUGCUGCUAUUUUUACAUCCGUAUUUCUCAGGCCACUAAGUUUGAUGCUUUCACUUCCGAUUAGAUAUUUUUCAAGUUUUCAUGUAAAUCCUGUUGCCCACGCCCAGAGCUUCCACUUCCCUCGCAUUGCCCUUUGUUUCCUUGCUCAUCCUGGGAUGCAUUGGGUGCUCUUUUUCUAGGAACACGUAGUAUUCUUGUGUGUAUCUUCCUCUUUUUUAUUUAAAAUUUUUCCUUAUUACAUAUAUAUAUAUAUAUAUCUGGCUUAACACUAUAUCUAUAAAUCCCUCUGAAAUUAACCA